AUGUAUGCCUCAACUCGACGCCUCCUUGCACUCUCAGCUCUGCUUCCUACGAUAGCUGGGCUUCCAUAUCGAGCACUGCAGCCUCGUGCGGCUCUUACUGCCGACAAACCCAAGUAUUCAGUUGUUCCUCUCAUCCCCGAUGAGAAUGACAACCACAACGGCGGUGGAAAUGGAAAUGGAAAUGGAGGGGACAAUCCCAGCAAUGGCGUUGUGACAGUCUCCCUAACAGUCACCAAGUCCGGUGACACUGUCACACAGACUGCCGAGCCCACCACAGUCACACAGGUUGUUCCGACCACCAUUAUUUCCGUCAUCGACCUUGACGACGAUGUCACAACAACUGUGUAUGUGGUACCCUCAGUGGCGCCACCGGCUCCUUCUGUAGAGCCCACCACAACUUCAUCAACAACUUCAUCUACAUCUACCUCCUCAUCUACCAGCUCAUCAACAGGUUGCGGCACCCAGCGUUCCACAGACUACCACCGCAAUUUCCACCUCUACGGCGGUUCCCACACUACCCAGCAGUUCUCUGCCCACUGCCACUGUGUCUUACCCCCCAGUGGUAACUCCCACCACAUCAGCAGUUACCACACCGGCAACGACCAGUACCGUGCCUUCAUCGGUCCCGCCCAAUGA